AUGCCUUCGGACAGAAGCCUCUUCUUUUCGGACCAGUUCGGCAUCAGCUGCGGCACCGUAACAAUAGACGUGCCAAGAUCCAAAGUCCUGCUUAUCUAUUACAGAAAGACGGGAGAAUACAUGCUUCCCAAAGGCCGCAAAGACAUAGGCGAAAACUUACAAGAAACAGCCCUCCGAGAGACGUUUGAAGAAACUGGAAUCAAAGCCCAAAUCCUCCCCGUUCCCAUCACCUCCGUUGCUACCACGCCUCAAGGAAGAGAUCGCCCGAGUAAAAUCACUGAACCUAUCGCCGUUUCUCAGCGUGUGGAUAAGAAUAGUGUCCUCAAGAUCAUGUUUUGGUAUGUCGCUACGGCGGAUUCUACGAUUGCGCCGAAACAGGGAACACAACAAGAGGGUGAGGAUUUUGAUCCCGUUUGGGUGAGCUUUGGUGAUGUUGAGUCUACCGUGUCAUGGGAAGAUGAUAGACUUAUUGUUUCAAAGGCCGUUGAUGCGGUUCAGAAGGGAUGA